AUGUCGCACUUCCAGGGACCGGAUAUCAAUGUAGCUCUGCCACACUUCCAGCCAAAUAUUUCCGUUCUCCAAAUUUUGGAUGAAUCCCUUAGAGAAAAUGGAAAUACGAUAGCCCUGAUUGAAAGGGAAACGGAGAAGAGUAUUACUCGUGCUGAGAUUUUGCAGCAAAGCAGAGCAGUAGCUGCAGGACUGGUUGAUGUGGGUGUUACUGCAGGAGAUUAUGUUAUAUUGUGUUCUGAUAAGAGCAUAAUAUCUUACACGAUUCUUCUAGGAACUAUGUUCACGGGGGCUACAGCUGUCUUGGCUCCUACUCCACGUGUCCAAAUAUCUGACAUUGGACUUCAACUGAGUGGAUCAAAUUUCAGAGGAAAGAAAACGCCGAGGUCAUUGUUGAUUACAACGCCUCUGUUUUGGUACAGUGCUAUUCCUACGUUUCUUUCUUCGAUUUUCAAUCAUUGUUUGCUUUAUUUAAGUGAUACCAAAGAUGUGAAAGAGAAUCUUCAGGUUAUUGAGAAAAAGAAGGUGACGAUAUGGUUUACCGGGGCGGCUUCUAUGCCAUCAUACGUUAAUGAGCCUUCAUUGAAACUUUAUGACUUGACAACACUUAAAACUGUGUUUGUUGGUGGAGAAAUUGUGUUGGGCUCUUUGUUUAAAGAGUUUGAGACUAAGGUAUUGGGCGGCCGUAUUAAAUUGGGAACCGCAUACGGUUCAACCGAAUGUGGACUUAUAACGGCAGCUAUACAGGGGGUUCCUGAGGGUGAUGACAGAUCAGGAUCCUGUGGGAAACUUAUUCCAGGUGUUGAAAUCAAGAUUCUAGACGACGAAGGUCACCUUGUGAGUCCAGGAAAUAUUGGAGAGAUUUGGAUAAAAACCCUGGCAGUGACUCCAGGAUAUUGGGGAAGGCCGGAUCUCAACUCUUCCAUGUUUGACAACGAUGGGUUCUUCCGGAACGGUGACGCUGGGUACUUUGAUCCUGAGGGCAAUCUGUAUCUACGGGGUCGGGUAUGUGACCUCAUCAACUUCAGAGGGCACAAGUUUUCUCCAACUGAACUAGAAGACAGUAUUAUUUCACAUCCCUCAGUUAUGGAUGUGGCUGUGGUCGGCAAACCUCAUUCCUGUGAUAUACACCACGCCACAGCAUUUGUUGUGAGGAUACCGGAAUAUAACGUUUCAGAAAAGGAAAUCAUGGACUUUGUAAAUGGGAAAGUGGACGAAACCAUGAAACUUAGAGGGGGUGUUCGGUUUUUGGAUGAGUUACCUCGAACUGCCACCGGCAAGGUCUUGCGUCAGAAACUGAAAGAAUAUGCCUCGACUGACUCAUUCUCUGAAAUCCUUACGGAACAUCCUUCCCUAGUACAUAAUAGUACAAACUAGUUCAUGUCCAGUGCCCUGAUACAAGUGUUCUGUACAUUAGUGCAAUAUACUGCAUAUCUCAAUUAUUUUUAAAAACGACAAGAAAAAAGAAUAAUUUUACAAGAAUUCUUACAUUGAACUUGCAUGUAAAAUUGUAUUAUAGAAUAUUUCCGUUUAAUCUGAUCCAUGUUUGAAAUGUGUUAAUCUCUAGUUAGUCUCAAGAUCGGUAUCACAAUAAAUAAAUGACGGACAAGAAGUAUAUACAAGAUGCAACAGAGGGCUUUCUACACAACAUUAGUUUAUUGUUUUUCAUGGGCUAAGAUGACAUAACACUCAAUUGCUACCGAUGGUGUUGCUUUUUUCGUUUACCGUUUAUGUGACUGCAAGUGUUUUUUGUUAUUUCAGAAACCAGUGAAGAUAUAAAACUCUAAUUAGUCAGUAUAAUUGUUCUUGCAACCACACAACAAGAGAAAAAAUACAUUGUAUGAUCACAUAGUAAUAACAGUUAUUAAUUCAAAACUACUAACUUAUAAUACUAUUAUAUUAUAAUAUUUAUUUUCUAAACUUGAUGUUUAUAGGUUUUCGUAAAAUUGCUUCAAAUUUGAUAAUACUAUUCGUACUUAAGACCCAGAAUAAUACAAACGACUAAUAAAAAAGUUUCAGCAUGUGAAAUUGAUUGAAACAUAUUUUGGUGCGAAACGUUAAGUAAAUCCUUAUUUUUCGCUGUAUAACAAUUAACCGUUUGUUAAUUUUACAGGAUUGAGUGAGUUGCAAAAUUGUAUGCAAAAUAUUCUAUAAAAUAUUUUCAAAAUCCAUAAAAGUUACAUAAGGUAAAAAAGAUUUCAGUUGAUAGCUGAUCAGUUUUUCGUAAUUGAAUCGAUUUUUCGAUUUAUGCAAAAGAAUUCUUUGUAGAAAAACUACUUUCGGGAAAACUAAAAAAACUUCAUUGCUACUACAAAACAUUUAUAAAAAAGUAAAAUAAAACAAAAGUUUAUUUUGGGUUAUUGUUAACGAGAAUCAGUUAUAAUUUUAUUUAUUGUUAAAAUGUAAAAAUGUUGUGUAUUUUAAUGUCAGCCGACUUGAGAACGUUUGUAAAUAAAUU